CCAAUGGGAAGCGGAAGUAAAGGGCGGUUAGCAGCUGGGCUAUUGCUCCGCGAGGCCGGCUUGUGAACUGAGCUGUGGGAAGGCGCGUGUCGGCCGCUCACUGGCGCAGCCUCCACCGUCGCCGGCCUCCCGCCCCCAACCCCCUCCCUGCGUUGUCGCAAGCGCCGUCGCGGACCCUGCGUGGCCCCGGCUUGGGCAGGAACGGGGACGCAAGCCGCGCGCGUGUCGCGCUGCACGGCAGGUGACAGGGGUUUGCUGUAAAAUGGGACUUCUGAUUGUAUUCACUGGACUGUGGCUGUUUUCCUCAGUAAAGGCAGAUUCAAAAGCCAUUACAACUUCUCUUACAACAAAAUGGUUUUCUACUCCAUUGUUGUUAGAAGCAAGUGAGUUUUUGGCAGAAGAUAGUCAAGAGAAGUUUUGGAAUUUUGUAGAAACCAGUCGAAAUAUUGGAUCAUCAGAUUAUCACGGUACUGAUUAUUCUUAUUACCGUGCAAUAUUAGAAGCUGCGUUUCAGUUUCUGUCACCUCUACAGCAGAAUUUGUUGAAAUUUUGUCUGUCUCUUCAUUCCUACUCGGCUACAAUUCAAGCCUUCCAGCAGAUAGCAGCUGAUGAACCUCCACCAGAAGGAUGUAAUUCAUUUUUUUCAGUGCAUGGAAAGAAGACUUGUGAUUUUGAUACCCUUGAUACUCUUCUACUAACAGCACCUGAAAGACCCAAACCCUUAUUAUUCAAAGGCGAUCACAGAUACCCUUCAUCUAAUCCUGAAAGUCCGGUGGUGAUUUUCUACUCUGAGAUUGGCUAUGAGGCAUUUUAUAAUCUCCACCGCCAGCUUAUAUCAAAAAGCAAUGCAGGCAAAAUCAAUUAUAUAUUCAGACAUUAUAUAUCUAAUCCCAGGAAGGAGCCUGUUUACCUCUCUGGCUAUGGUGUGGAACUGGCCAUUAAGAGCACUGAGUACAAGGCCAAGGAUGAUACUCAGGUGAAAGGAACUGAAGUAAACACCACAGUGAUUGGUGAAAAUGAUCCUGUUGAUGAAGUUCAGGGAUUCCUUUUUGGAAAAUUAAGAGACCUGCACCCUGACCUGAAGGAACAGUUGAAAGAACUUAGAAAGCAUCUUGUGGAGAGCACCAAUGAAAUGGCACCUUUAAAAGUUUGGCAACUGCAAGAUCUAAGCUUUCAGACUGCUGCCCGAAUCUUGGCCGCUCCAGUUGAAUUAGCUUUGGUGGUUAUGAAGGAUCUUAGUCAAAAUUUUCCUACUAAAGCCAGAGCAAUAACAAAAACAGCUGUGAGUUCAGAACUUAGAACCGAAGUGGAAGAGAAUCAGAAGUAUUUCAAGGGAACUUUAGGAUUACAGCCUGGAGAUUCAGCACUGUUCAUCAAUGGACUUCAUAUUGAUUUAGAUACGCAGGAUAUAUUCAGUCUGUUUGAUGUAUUGAGGAACGAAGCUCGGGUCAUGGAGGGACUGCAUAGACUGGGAAUAGAAGGCCUUUCUCUGCAUAACAUUUUGAAACUGAACAUCCAGCCCUCCGAGGCUGACUAUGCUGUAGACAUCAGGAGUCCUGCUAUUUCAUGGAUCAACAACCUGGAGGUCGAUAGCAGAUAUAAUUCAUGGCCAUCUAGUCUACAAGAGUUGCUACGACCCACCUUUCCCGGUGUUAUCCGGCAGAUCAGGAAAAAUUUGCAUAACAUGGUUUUCAUAGUUGAUCCUUCUCACGAGACCACAGCAGAGUUGAUUAGCACAGCUGAGAUGUUCCUUAGCAAUCAUAUACCACUAAGACUUGGCUUAAUCUUUGUGGUUAAUGAUUCUGAAGAUGUGGAUGGGAUGCAAGACGCUGGAGUGGCUAUUCUGAGAGCAUAUAAUUAUGUUGCCCAAGAACUGGAUGAUUAUCAUGCCUUCCAAACUCUGACACAUAUAUAUAACAAAGUAAGGACUGGAGAAAAGGUGAAAGUUGAACAUGUGGUCAGUGUCCUGGAGAAGAAAUAUCCAUAUGUAGAAGUGAAUAGCAUUUUGGGGAUUGAUUCUGCUUAUGAUCAGAAUCGGAAGGAAGCAAGAGCCUACUAUGAGCAGACUGGAGUUGGUCUUCUGCCUGUUGUUCUGUUCAAUGGAAUGCCCUUGGAAAAGGAGCAGCUGGAUCCUGAUGAGUUGGAAACCAUCACAAUGCACAAAAUUCUGGAGACCACAACCUUCUUCCAAAGAGCGGUAUACUUGGGCGAACUGUCCCAUGAUCAAGAUGUGGUAGAGUAUAUCAUGAAUCAGCCAAAUGUUGUUCCACGAAUCAAUUCUAGGAUUUUAACAGCUGAGCGAGAAUACCUGGAUUUAACAGCAACCAAUAACUUUUUUGUGGAUGAUUAUGCUAGAUUUACUGCCUUGGAUUCCCAAGGCAAGACUGCUGCUAUAGCCAAUAGUAUGAACUAUCUGACAAAGAAAGGAAUGUCCUCCAAGGAAAUCUAUGAUGAUUCUUUUAUUAGGCCAGUAACUUUUUGGAUUGUUGGGGAUUUUGAUAGCCCUUCUGGAAGGCAAUUAUUGUAUGAUGCUAUUAAACAUCAGAAAUCCAGUAACAAUGUUAGAAUAAGCAUGAUCAAUAAUCCUAGUGAAGAUAUAAGUUACAAGAACACUCAGAUUUCCAGAGCAAUCUGGGCAGCUCUCCAAACACAGACCUCCAACUCUGCUAAGAACUUCAUCACAAAAAUGGCCAAGGAAGAAACUUCAGAGGCCCUGGCUGCAGGAGCUGACAUUAGGGAGUUUUCUGUUGGGGGCAUGGAUUUCAGUCUUUUUAAAGAGGUCUUUGAGUCUUCCAAAAUGGAUUUCAUUUUGUCUCAUGCCAUGUACUGCAGGGAUGUCCUGAAGCUGAAGAAGGGACGGAGGGCAGUGAUCAGCAAUGGAAGGAUCAUUGGGCCACUGGAGGAUAGUGAACUCUUUAAUCAAGAUGAUUUCCACCUCCUAGAAAAUAUCAUCUUAAAAACUUCAGGACAGAAAAUCAAAUCUCAUAUUCAGCAGCUUCGAGUAGAAGAAGAUGUGGCAAGUGACUUGGUAAUGAAGGUGGAUGCCCUCCUGUCAGCUCAACCAAAAGGAGAUGCAAGAAUCGAAUAUCAGUUUUUUGAAGACAGAUACAGUGCAAUUAAACUGAGGCCAAAAGAAGGGGAGCCGUACUUUGAUGUCGUGGCUGUCAUUGACCCCGUCACUAGAGAAUCACAGAGACUUGCUCCAUUGCUCUUGGUUUUAACUCAGCUGAUCAACAUGAAUCUAAGAGUAUUUAUGAAUUGCCAAUCUAAACUUUCAGACAUGCCUUUAAAAAGCUUUUACCGUUAUGUCUUAGAACCAGAGAUUUCUUUCACUUCAGACAAUAGCUUUGCUAAAGGUCCAAUAGCAAAAUUUUUGGAUAUGCCACAAUCUCCUCUGUUCACUCUGAAUUUGAACACACCUGAGAGUUGGAUGAUAGAGUCUGUCAGAACACCAUAUGAUCUGGAUAAUAUUUAUUUAGAAGAGGUGGACAGUAUAGUGGCUGCUGAAUAUGAGUUGGAGUACCUCUUACUAGAAGGUCACUGCUAUGACAUUACCACAGGUCAGCCCCCACGAGGACUGCAGUUUACAUUAGGAACUUCAGCCAACCCAGUCAUCGUGGAUACCAUUGUUAUGGCCAAUCUGGGUUACUUUCAGUUAAAGGCCAACCCAGGAGCUUGGAUUCUCAGACUAAGGAAGGGACGUUCUGAAGAUAUUUAUAGGAUCUACAGCCAUGAUGGUACAGAUUCUCCACCUGAUGCUGAUGAAGUUGUUGUUGUACUCAAUAACUUCAAGAGCAAAAUUAUUAAAGUGAAGGUUCAGAAGAAAGCAGACAUGGUGAAUGAAGACUUGCUGAGUGAUGGAACUAAUGAGAACGAAUCUGGAUUUUGGGACUCCUUCAAAUGGGGCUUCACAGGAGGACAGAAGACUGAGGAAGUGAAACAAGAUAAGGAUGACAUAAUUAAUAUUUUCUCUGUUGCAUCUGGUCAUCUCUAUGAAAGAUUUCUUCGCAUAAUGAUGUUAUCAGUACUGAAGAAUACCAAGACUCCUGUAAAAUUCUGGUUCUUGAAGAAUUAUUUGUCUCCCACGUUUAAGGAGUUUAUACCUUAUAUGGCAAAUGAAUACAAUUUCCAAUAUGAGCUUGUUCAAUACAAAUGGCCCCGGUGGCUUCAUCAACAGACUGAAAAGCAGCGUAUCAUCUGGGGUUACAAGAUUCUCUUCCUGGAUGUGCUCUUCCCAUUAGUUGUUGACAAGUUCCUGUUCGUGGAUGCUGAUCAGAUUGUACGAACAGAUCUGAAAGAGUUAAGAGAUUUCAAUUUAGACGGUGCCCCUUAUGGUUAUACCCCUUUCUGUGAUAGCCGAAGAGAGAUGGAUGGCUACAGGUUCUGGAAAUCAGGGUACUGGGCCAGUCACUUAGCUGGGCGAAAGUAUCAUAUCAGUGCACUGUAUGUUGUUGAUCUGAAGAAGUUUAGGAAAAUAGCUGCUGGUGACAGACUCAGAGGACAGUACCAGGGUUUGAGUCAGGAUCCUAACAGCCUUUCAAAUCUUGAUCAAGAUUUGCCCAAUAACAUGAUCCAUCAGGUGCCAAUUAAAUCACUCCCUCAAGAAUGGCUUUGGUGUGAAACAUGGUGUGAUGACGCCUCCAAAAAAAGGGCAAAAACGAUUGAUCUGUGUAAUAAUCCAAUGACCAAAGAGCCCAAGCUAGAAGCAGCUGUUCGAAUUGUCCCAGAGUGGCAAGUCUAUGACCAAGAGAUCAAACAGCUACAGAUCCGCUUUCAGAAGGAGAAAGAAACAGGAGCACUGUAUAAGGAGAAGGUGACAAAAGAGCCACGCCGAGAAGGACCUCAGAAACGUGAAGAAUUAUGAUCUUCAGAGAAGGAUAGGAAAUUACACCAUUUGAAAAACACUUUUUAUAUUAAAUGCUAGUUUUUUCUGAUCUGUCUAUACAACUGCUGGUGAACAGGCUGGGCAGGUAUGCGUGCCUUCUGAUUCUGAACAUUUACUUUUGACUCCUGCACACUGGCAAGCUCUGGAUCUUUGAAGUUAAGACUCUUUUGGAUUCUUACCUCAGAGAAAUAUCGGUGGUUGAUUUUUUGGGAACUCUGUAAAGAGCAGUCUUCUAACCAAAAAGGAAAAUGGCAAAAGCAAGAGGAGGAAAACGCGUCCUGUGUGCCCCCACCCAAGAGCGCAUGGGUGUCACACUGCUGCAGCAGCCGACCAGCCGGAACCACAUGUUCUUCCUCACCUCAGUUGACUGGCAAAAGAGCUUAGUCUGCAUCCUGCACUGUGGUUCAGGUGCCACCCUGAGUUAGGCUGGCAGGAGCUUUGUCCAAUGUCCACACACCUUGAGGUUUAUGCCAGUGUACUCCUGUGUCCUUCCUGCAUUCUUUUCCCCAGCGUAAGUUCAUUGUUGAAUUGAGAACCAGCUAGCAAUUAUGUGUCUUCGGGGUUGGCUUGGGGCAAAUUAAUUUGGGGACAGGAUAGGGGUGGGUUGGGGUGAGGACGGGGAUAACAUCAGGGGUAAGAGGGCUCUGGAGUGUUGGAGGAGGUGAGGAAGACCAGAAAUUGGCCAUUCUCUUUUAUAAACCAUCAGUACCAUUGUGACUAAUUUGAAAUGAAAACAUUAUUCUCAUUCUCCACCCAACCUCAGUGAACUUUUUAGGUAAUUAUUUUGUAAACAGUUUUGUAUUUGUGAAAGCAUUCACUUUUUCUUUCCACUUUCUAAAGAAAUGUCAUGAUUGAUUUCCUUACUGGAUACAGCCAUAGUAAGCCCUCUAGUGACCCAUCGUGGAGGCUCAGGGCUCCCUCAGGAAGGUUACCUUCUCGAAAUUUCCCUUUCCUUUGUAGGAUUUUCUCUCUCUCAGACCCAGGGGAAUUUGGCUUUGACUUUUCUCUACAAAAGAUUCUCAGGUCUGAGACCAGGAGGGGUUUUGACUGUGUAAUUCAUGGUGUUUUUUUGGGGGGGGUGGGGCGUGGGGUUGGUUUUUGUUUUUGUUAAAUACACUGUUCCAUAUUCCUUUUAGUUUAGUGCUUUGGGUUGGGUUGUCUUUGGUUUGCAGUUGCCAGCGCUCUACCUUUUCUGACUCUACAUAGUUGCAUCUUGAAGCCACAUAAGCCCUUUAGUCAUUGCUUUUUGUGGCUUUACUUCAGCAGCUCAGUACGGCCUUCUGGAGCAGCCUAGUGAAUGGACAGUGCUGGUAGGCUCCCAUGAGGAGUCCUGGUGUGUUGUGGGCCUGUGUGGUUAUGAGGCUCCAGGUCUUUCCCUCAUCGUUCCCAGCUGCAGGGACAGCAAGAGCACACCCAUGGAUGGCGCCUCCUUCCAAAGCAAACAAUUUGUGUCUCAUAUUUGACUGCUUUUAAAAAAUGUGAGGAGGGAUGCAGAUGGACAGCUAAGUCCUCUUCUAAGCCAGGUAGCACAAUAAUUUACAAUCUUUUUAAAAAAUGAAAGUCUGUGACAAGUAUCAAGUAAUUUAUUUUUUCCAUAUUCACAUACAAAAGUUAACUUAGUCUCUCAAGCUGUCUGAAGAAGCUUUUGAGUUUGCUUCUUUGAUUGCAUUAAAAAUUGGGGAGGGAGGAGCUCAAAAGAUUUUUAAAUAAAUCGAUCCAAGAGAGAAAUAUCCCUCAGAAUUAUUGCUGUUAACAGAGGCAUGAGUUCCUGCUACCCUGCCCCUCACUGGGUCAGAGCAGCUGAAGGGAUAGAACCAAUAAGUAAAAAACAUUUGUUCAGCUUCAUCUUAGAUUUAAUUAAGCCUUUAGAGGGGCUUCUGCUGCUGCCACCUUCUGUGUACAAUCAUAGACUUGUGCAUUUCCCCAGUGCAUUUUCUGGGAGAUUGCAUAAGAAAUUACUAAAGUCACUGGGAUGUGAUUUUUAAAUGCUGAGUCCCUUGGAACAUGAACCAAAUCACCUUUCUCCCAUUUCUUUCUCUCCAUCUCUUAUGUAUAUUCCAUUUAAGGAAGGUAUAGUGUGAAAUCUGUUCUCCAUGUAGUAUGUGUGUGUGUGUCCUCAUUGCCCCUUAUCCAUCACCACCCUAAACAUAAGUCUUAUUACUAGGUGAAUCUAAAUAUGCAAGACCCAGCUUGCUUCUGAAAUGGCCUAGGGCCCUCCUCCUGCCAGUGAUUCUUGGUUCAUGUGACAUAAGCAUCUUUCAAAAUGAACCUCUAAUGCCCUAGGAAAUGAUGUUACCACUGAAAUUUGGUCUUGGUCAGCUUUGUCUGUUGUCUCUACUGUAUGAAAGCAAAUUGUCACUGGAAAGAUAGGAGAGAUUUUUUUCCCCAAGAAGCAAGAAUUGAUUGUAUUGAAACAAUCAAGCUUCUGAAAAAUGUUCACAGUGUAUUGUUUUUAACCACCAUUUGUAUGUAAUAGAUUUUUUUCUCUCAUCAUGCCGUAAUGGAAAAUUUUCUUUCUGAAUCAGUGCCAGAGUGAUAUGAAAUAAUGUGACGUUAGAAUGACAUGGAACAGUGUGACUUUUUGUUCUAUGAACAGUGGUAUUUGAUUGAGAUCAAAACCUGUGUACACAGCCUGCAGCUAGAGCUGUGGGGACAUAUGCCUAUGUUUUGUUUUAAAACUGUACUCAAUACUACCACACUGAGAAUGAUGGCAUGUUCUUUUUCCAUAAGAUUGAUAAAGUGUUGAAUCUGUCAAAAUGUGGCAUUUCAAGUUGAAACAAACGUGCUUGCCUACCUGCUAAGUGUGCAUGCAUCAUGGUAAGCCCACAUACUAUGUGAACUAAGCUCUUGGGAGAGCAAAGAUUUUACAUAUACUAAAAAGUUUCCAAGAAUGGAGCUUAUUUUACUCUGCUGUCCUUUAAGUCCUCAUGUUCUGAGCCUUGUUAAAGCUCUGCCUGAAUGAACAACUUUUAUCUGGAUGCAGGGGCUGAGUCUCUGGAUGAAGGGCUGAAAGCUAGGGAAGGCAGUGCAGUUUUUGAAAGAGACUGGCCCUGGCGAUAGGGAGGAAGGAAAUCCAGUUUCCUGUAGAGGGAAUUCUACUUUACUGACACCAUGAUUUGGGACAGGUUAGACACUACCCUCAUAGCAAUGAGUAUAAAAUGAUUCCUCUUCCCCAGUGUGUCCCCUGUAAGUUAAAUUUGGGUACUUGAAAGCAGUCCUUUUCUAAAAUUGUCAUGGAUGAUUUAAAAAAAUAAUUCAACUCAAGGGUUACACAGGAAUACCUAGUGCAUUUUUCCUGAAAAAAAUGUUAGGACUGUCGUAUCAAAUUUUAUGACAGUGUAAAUGUUUUGGUAAAGCCACCUAAUGGAAACUUUCUCUUGGUAAUACAAAUGGAAGGUGCAUUGUCUGCAAAGUUAUUUAAGUGUAUAUUACAUUGUCAUGCAAUUUUAAUAAUUAGUUUUCUUAAAUAUUUGAUUUUAUGGGAAUGUUUUUGUGGGAUGAUUAGAGUUCAUCCACUUAAAUAUAGCUGUUGUCUAUUUUAAUGGUAUAAUAUUUUUUAUUUAAAUUCAUGUUUUUCCUGCCUUGAUUUAGUGAGGAAAGCUCUUAAUCGGGAUUUUGGUAAUUACGUGAUUGAAUUCAAGCAAAUUAGACUCAUUAACUCAGGUUGUCAUUGAUAUUUCAAAGUAUCUGGAAGAUACCAAUUUCUUUUUCAUUAUUUGGUCUUUGAUCUCUCGAUCUAGUACAGAAAGGACACUUCUGGGCGAUAGUGAGUCAGUGCACUGAGUAGAGGAUCUCUCCCCAUUUGGGUAGGUUGACAGUUUAUAAACACAAACCACAAAAUCAGCUUUAAGCAGCUGCAUGCUUUCCAGAAGUAGUCCAUAAAGUUUAAACUUCAUGGUAAUGAUUUUGCAAGCAGGAGGCCAUCUCCUGAGUCUUUCUCAAUUACCUAGCAACACAGAAGCCAAAUGUGGAAGGUAUAAGUAGGAUACAGGUUAGGAUAUGAGCUAAGGCCUUCAUUCUAUCUGUAAUUUAUACAUUGACUUAGUUGUCACGAUCUAGAUUUCCAGAAAAAUGGGCAUAAUUCCUCUUCAAAACGAAAGUAUUAGAAUACAUUAACCUAAAGUCAGCAGUUUGAGAAAAAGUUGAUCAAGUAACCAUGUUUUCCAAUUAGUUAUCCUUGGUAAUAACAAGUUAAACAUGGAAAAAUGAAGAAAAAUGUUAGAAUUUUAAAGAAACUGUGUAAAAAAAAAAACCUCCUUUAUAAAAAAAACUAUUUUACUGUAAUUCUGUUCCAUUAAAUGCAAGAUAGGUCCAGGUGCUGCCCUUGCUUGAGAAUUGGGUCUCCAAAUGUUUGCAGAGCCCUCUGCACCAAAAAUGAACUGAGAAUGAAUUUCCUGGUACUGUAAUGAAAAUAAGGUCUGCUCAACACAAUAAACUUCUCCUCUUCUUUAAAA